UACUUAUACGACUACUUAUAGUCUAAUAGAAAAAAGUUUUAAAUAUAUUUUUAUUAUAAAACUUCAAAAACUUUUGUAAAAAUGAAAAGUUUAUUAAUUUUAGUCCUUUUGGCUCUCAUUUACUACCGGUGCCGAUGACACACAGGACAUUAAGUCGGAACUCCUAAAACGGGCACAGGAUUUGGAAAAGGAGGCUACCAUUGAGAGCAAGAAACUAAAGGACCAAGGUAGACACAUCCUGGCCAAGCAACUGGACAGGGAGGUUCAGAAAGUACAACAUAUAGCCAAACAGCUUGAGGUGGCUAAGGAUCCCAAGAUAUUACAGCGCCUGGAGGUCCAACUCCUGGUAUUGGAGGACCGAUUGGCAGACCUUAUUAAGGAGGCCGAGCGCACCCGCCCUCCCAGACCCAUCACACACCGACCUACCCGUCCCACUAAACCCACGCAACAACCCACUGGACAGCCAACUCGGGUCACAUCUCAACCUACCGGUGCAACUAAAGUCACGGCACAGCCUACCGGUACACCAAUAGCUACAUCAGCGGCACCGAUAUCUACGGCACAGCCUACCGCUACACCUAUAACUACAUCCGCAGCACCGGUAUCUAUUUCUCAGCUCCGGGAUAAACGGGAUGUUAAGGCAGAGCUACUGAAACGGGCGACUGAGUUGGAACGGGUGGCCGGGGAUCUAAGCAAGAAGUUAAGGGAGCAAGGUAGGAAAAAUGAGGCUGACAAACUGGACAGGGAGGUAAAGGUGCUGACAGGGUUGGCCGGGGAGUUGGAAAAGGCUACGGAUGUAAAGGAUGUCACGAGACUGGAGUUGAAGGUAUUGAUGGCCGAGACAAAGGUGUCGGAUCUGAUUGUGAGGUACGAGCGCACUAGACCUCCCAGACCUACCCGUCCCAUCAGGUCGACUACUGCCAAACCGGCGCCGGUGUCUACAAGUGCUGCCUAAAUAUAAUGAAAUGCCGUCUUUUAUAAAAAGAAAUAAAUUUUUUUAUAAAUUAUUUUUGAUUUUAAAUUAUAAUAAUUUGAGAACUUUACAAUAUUUAUGAUUUGUGACACCAAAAUAAAAUGUUUUGUUAACAAGUACAGUUGAUAAUUAUUAAUUUUUAUUUAAAUCGGAUUAUUGCAAAUUAUUACUAUUCAAAUUAUCAACAUAUCAAAUCUAUAAAUAAAAAAAUACACUUUAGUUUAAAAAUA